CGUGAUUCAAUCGUGCCAUACAGUAGAGUUCCGUACUGWGCGAUACGUACCGUAGGCGGUAGAGAAAAGUAAUGUACUUCAUACGACCCCUGCUUCAUACAACAUCACCAUUAUUACCAACUUGAGUCUCGGUCCCCGAGAUGCAAGUGAUGGUACCGUACGGUAGCAAUGUACGGUACAGUGUAGUUCCCCCUAGAAAACGAAUACGAAUACGAACCGCAAGAAAACAAACCCAUCAAACACAUCCACCCGUCUUUCGCAGUUGCCUGCUUUCUACGAUGAAGCAGAGAAAGAACAUGGCAUUUCUACGAGGAUUGAUCGUGAUCAUCAUUGGCCUAUUCAGUUUUUCUGCCGUUUACGGAACCGAGGACCCGCACAGUGGCGAGACGGUAAGAGUACCCGUGAUCGAUUUAGCUCCGUGGUUUGAUGGGUCUUUGAAACAAAAGAACCAGCAGCAGGAACCUCGAAGRACAGAAAGCACAGGACUCGAUGUAUAUGGCCUAACCGAGGAGCAACGCAACAUUGUGCACCAGAUUCGUCGAGCCUGCCACGAGGUAGGGUUCUUUCAAAUCGUUGGCGGCCUCGGUGGGAGAAAAAAGAGAGCCGGCGACGAUGCCAUGAUCGAACGGACCUGGAAGGCCUCGAGGGAAUUCUUCGAGCUGUCCGUCGAAGAAAAACUCUUGCACGGAACGACCGACAACACAAAGUAUCCCUACGGUUACGAGCGUUCCGAAACACUCGUCAAGGGAAAAUCGAUAGACGGCGAGGACGAAGACUURCCCGGGGAGAAGGCAUCAUCAUCCGUGGCGGCUGCSGAUCUGAAGGAAACCUUUGCGGUUGGACCGCCAACCGGAAACGGUUCCGGAAUGCCUCCCCGCCAGUGGAUAGACUCAGAAAAUAUAUCUUCAGACUUUCAAAUCUCGCUAGAGGCAUACUACAAACGGAUGGAAGAACUGGCGAUGGUCCUCUUGCGGAUAUUCGCUUUUGCCCUGGGAGAAUCACCUGAUUUCUUUGAGGACAAGAUGGACCACCACAUGUCCGCCCUUCGUCUCGUACACUACUACCCACUGGAACCUAAAGCUGAGAACGAAGAUGCGGGAAAAGAAACACAGGAACAACCGAUUGCUCACCGUCUGGUGAGAGCUGGGGCUCACACAGACUACGGUGCCCUAACCAUUCUUGCACCCCAAGACGAAGGCCUCGAGGUUUUGUUGCGAGAUGCUAGUAAUGCUCAGGGUACAACGGGCGAAGGAAGCACGCAAAACAAAACUAACAAACCGACAGCGCGGUGGCAUCCCGUCCCCUUGGUCCCGGGAGCCUUUGUCGUCAACCUGGGGGACCUUAUGCAGCGGUGGACGAACCACGAAUGGGUCAGCACAAUGCACCGGGUGGUGAUGCCAUCGACGGAGGCACGAGAACGCCGAUACUCCAUGGCGUAUUUUGUCAACAUCAAUGGGGAUACACCCAUUGAAACACUGCGGUGCUGCCGUGGUACGGCUGGCGACGAGGGUCCAGUGAUCACUGCGGGUGAGCAUCUCAUGGCAAAGCACCUGGCAAGCAUGGGUAYAACAUCGGACAAGACCAAGUUUUCUGGGAGCGGGAAGAAUUCAGAAUUGUGAUUUCGUUUAUUUGCAGUAGUCAUUUGAGCAGUGGUGAGAUCAACCGUAGUUAGAAAAUGAAAGUUCUUUCGCUCGCUUCGUGACAAUGAAUCYUGUGCUGUUGGUUUCUUGAUGUUGUGCGAUUACAACUACCAAAUAUUGUUUCCUUGCUGAAUCUAAUACAUUAGGGAAAAGUGAUAGAAUCGGCAGAAUUUCUUUUUGCUUAGAAGUCAUGCAGACUACAUACCACUGCAACUGGUUUCAAUAUGAUUUGUAUCCUUGGGAAUGGCGAGGACGAGAUCAUACAAUAAUGCAAUGAGUUGUACUACUAGUGCUAGUAGUACUAUUCUUGUACCACACACWUGUUGAAAGAAUGGCAUUUUCUCAGGCGAUCGUCAUCAACUGCUAGUCGGACAGACACUUUUUCAUCUGGUAAAGAUAGCAGCAAAACGCCAUGAUGACCAUAAAGCAGCAGUACUAAGAAGAAUGAACCUUAAUGCAGAAAUGUGAAUUUUGAAGAUGAUGAGCACCAACAGCAACAAGAACAACAAGAAGAACAACACCAAGAAGAAGAUCAUCUUGGCUUUAAAAAAAAGAGCAGUACUAG